AUGCAAGAAGAGUCUAAGCUCUUUCGUUUAUACGCGUACAUUGUAAGAGUAGUAUGCAGUUAUGUAUGGUGGACCAAAGCCAUUCUUCUCUAUCCCUCCGGUUCCGUUUUUCAGAUCACGUUAGGUGCAUCGAUACCUGUGAGAUCGAAUAAAAGAGGAAGCAUCGUAUUUUCUUCCGGAUUUCAAUACAACUAUUAUUUACCAUCCAACGUGUCAGAUUUUGAAUCAACGAUCGUCCUUUCAAGACACAUUAGAGAUCUCGAUCUUCGUGAUACCUACACGAGGAUUGAACAUUUUUUAGAAGAAUACGGUUGGGGAAAUGGAAGAGAAUGCCUUUUAAGGAGUAUUUGCGAACUCGCUGAAGUUCCGCUUCUCAGGAAGGAUGACGAUAUAAUCGUCGAAGCGAUACAUUUCAUAUUAACGCCGUCGGAAGACUUGGCAACCUCGAUUAAUUCCACUCAUCGGAACGUUGAGGAGUUGUACAGGGAUGCUGAAAGAUUGGGGAAAUCUGGCGUUGACUGCACGUUAACGUAUCCCGAUUGCAUCGAAUCACCUCUGAAAUCAUUCACCGAGAUCUUAUUUCCUUAG